AUGUCAUCGUCAAAGAGCACGAAGAAGAAGCAGACACAGCAUGAAACAGGAGAAAGGUUUCUGGGAGUUCGCAGGAGACCGUGGGGAAGAUAUGCAGCAGAGAUAAGAGACCCUUCCACCAAAGAAAGACAUUGGCUUGGUACCUUCGAUACUGCUGAGGAGGCUGCUCUCGCUUACGACAGAGCCUCUCGCUCCAUGCGAGGCUCCCGAGCUCGCACCAACUUCGUCUACUCUGACAGUCCUCCUGGCUCUUCUGUAACAUCCAUCAUCUCCCCAGACGAACCCAACAACCACCACCACCAUGACUUUUCUUCUCUUUUAGCCCCAUUUCCCACCACCCAACCCGACCCUUCGUCCCACCUCUUGGUGGGCCAGAAUUCCCACACCGAAUGUCAUGGGUUCUCUUCAUUAAUAAUGCCUUCUGCUGGUGGGGAGCUGUGGGCUUCGUCGAGUUUCCAUCAACAACCCGUGUUUGACAAUGGUGGUGGUGGUGGCGGUGGCGGUGCCAAUGGCUCUGUGGCUUCCUCGCAGUCCCACCAACUGUUUAACGGGUCGGAGCUCCCUCCUUUGCCUUCCGACUUCUCGGGUUGUGUGGGCCCGAACUUGAUGGAGAUUUCCACGGGCUAUGAUAAUGUGGGCCUGGGCCUGGCCCAGGGCGUUUGGGACGAUCUUCCAGCUGAAGGAGGCCUUGUUGGGUUUUCGGAGCAGAGCACUAUGAUAACCGGUUAUGAUUCGACAACGGUGAGCGGAGGAUCCUACCCGGGAUUCGAUUGGAGCAAGUACGUGCACAGCCCGCUGUUCGGUCAGAUGCCACCGGCGUCGGAUGCUAUAGAUGUUGGUUUUGGAUUGAAACCGUUGCUUAGGUUGGACUUGUGUGUUGUUGGGUGUGGGUUUGAGAUUGAGAAGGUGUUUGUUUAUAAGAUUAAUGAAUCCGGUGAGGUUAUGGUGGUGGGUGAGAUUGAGUUCGACAACAAGGGUGCUAAUGGUGAUUUGUUCAUGUGA